CCGGCCGGCAGCGGGCUCCGGGCGCCGCGCUCCCACGGCCGCCGGCGCCAGCAGCCGCCGGCACCGCUGCGUGCGCGGGCAGGAGGCCAGGGAGCAGCGGGACCUUCGCGGCAGGGACACGACCCGGCCGGCAGAAAUGGAAAAUCCUGAAGUGGCUGUGAGCAGCUGCAGUGCUCACGAUGAUGAAAAUCUUUGCAGCUACACACGACACCUGUCAGUAUCACAGGAGGGGCUUUUGGAAGACCAGCUUAGAAGGAAGUUAAAAUUCUUCUUCAUGAACCCGUGUGAGAAAUUCUGGGCCCGGGGCAGGAAACCUUGGAAACUUGGGAUUCAGCUACUCAAAAUAGCAAUGGUUACUGUUCAGCUGGUGGUUUUUGGAUUGAGCAAUCAAAUGGUGGUUGCCUUCAAAGAAGAGAACACUGUUGCAUUCAAACAUCUCUUCUUGAAAGGAUACAUGGACAGAAUGGAUGAUACCUAUGCUGUAUAUACACAAACAGAUGUCUAUGACCAGAUAUUCUUUGCAAUAAACCAGUACUUACAGCUGCCCAACAUCUCUGUUGGAAACCAUGCUUAUGAGAAGAGGGGAGCAGAAGAAACAGCUCUGGCUGUGUGUCAGCAGUUCUACAAGCGAGGAAACAUCUGUCCUGGAAAUGACACCUUUGAUAUAGACCCAGAGAUUGUGACUGACUGCUUGUACAUUGAGCCAACGAUGCCGUUAGACAACACAACAGUGGGAAAGCACAAUUUGAAUUUCACUCUGGAUUUCCACAGACUGGUGACGGUGCAGCUCAUGUUCAAUCUGAAGGCAAUCAACCUCCAGACCGUUCGUCACCACGAGCUCCCUGACUGUUAUGAUUUCACUCUGACGAUAGUGUUUGAUAAUAAAGCACAUAGUGGAAGAAUUAAAAUAAGUCUAGACAACGACAUAGCGAUCAGGGAAUGUAAAGACUGGCAUGUUUCUGGAUCAAUACAGAAGAAUACUCAUUACAUGAUGAUCUUUGAUGCUUUUGUUAUAUUGACUUGUCUGGCCUCAUUGAUCCUUUGCACACGAUCAGUGAUUAAAGGAAUUAAUCUCCAAAGGGAAUUUGUAAGCUUUUUCCUAUAUUAUUACAAGAAAGAAGUAUCUUUCAGUGAUCAAAUGGAAUUUGUCAACGGAUGGUACAUCCUGAUUAUGGUUAGCGAUGUCUUAACUAUUGUUGGAUCAACUCUAAAGAUGGAGAUACAAGCCAAGAGUCUGACAAGUUAUGAUGUCUGUAGCAUACUCCUAGGAACAUCCACUAUGCUUGUGUGGCUUGGAGUCAUUCGCUACCUAGGUUUCUUUCAGAAGUAUAAUCUUCUCAUCCUAACACUGCGAGCAGCAUUACCCAAUGUAAUGAGGUUCUGCUGUUGCGCUGCUAUGAUCUACCUGGGCUAUUGCUUCUGUGGAUGGAUUGUACUGGGACCAUACCAUGUGAAGUUUCGUUCUCUGAACAUGGUUUCCGAAUGCCUUUUUUCAUUGAUCAAUGGAGAUGACAUGUUUGCCACCUUUGCAAAAAUGCAGCAGAAAAGUUACUUGGUUUGGUUAUUCAGUAGGAUCUACCUCUACUCCUUCAUCAGUCUGUUCAUCUAUAUGGUGCUGAGUCUCUUCAUUGCACUCAUUACAGAUACGUAUGAAACUGUCAAGCACUACCAGCAAGAUGGCUUUCCGGAGACAGAACUUCAGAGAUUUAUAUCACAGUGCAAAGACUUACCAAACUCUGGCAGGUACAGGUUAGAGGAGGAGAGUUCUGCAUCUCUCUUCUGUUGUUGUAAUGGUUGUAGCGAACAUAUUUAAUGGAUUGUGGGAGUGUAUCACGGAGGCUUUAAAGCAGCACACAUUGCAAGAACUGGACAGUGGAGCUGGUGGAAAAUCUUAUACCUAAAGUCUGAAGUUGCUUUUCUUGAAAAAGAGUGUAAGCCUGUGGCAGAAGCUUGCGAUAAACUUGCAGUCUUUUUGAUUAGGCACUCUCACUGCUAGUUCAGGGGUUUUGGGGGUUUGGUUUUUUAUUAGCUUUGUGCUAUUUGUUUCCUCAGUUAAAUUGUGCUGGAAUGCAAAGGGCAUUAAAAAGCUGUCUGUAUUCAGAGACUUGCCUAGUUUGUGCAGGUAGACUAGAAAUGCAGUAACUAUCAACUGUAAGUAGAAAUAGUGCUGGACAACUGCAACUUUGAACACCAACCUAGCCCUCAGUACUGCAGGAAUUAUCUAGCUAUGGCUGACCUGUCACUGAAUGAAUGAAUGAAAGGUCACUCUAGAGCCCUCAGCAUAUUUUGUUUAUCUGCACUCAUGGUAAAAAUAAACUAAAACUAUGAAGCGUGGUGCAAUUUGUUUCUGGAGACAUUAUAGUGAAUUGAUGCACAAGCCAGUCAAAUAUGGCUGAGAGCAGAAACUAAGUAUUUCUAUAAACAUAAGUACCACUUGCUGUAAGUGGCAGUCUCUUCUCAGAGAGGCCAGGGAUAUGCCAGGCCAGAACUGAAGUUUGAGGGGUGAGUUGAGUGGAGAAAUGUAGAUAUUCUCCUAUAUCCAGCACCGGUAGGAUCAGUUACUAUCUUCAGCCUCACAGUGUGCUGACCUUAUGUUUUUAAAGGAAAAGUCAGACAAAAGCACUUUCAAAAUAUCUAUUUUUUUAUUUGAAAUCUUCCUCUGGUACACAAGUCUGUAAACCUGAAGUCUAAACUAAGUUAAAUACACAGAAGAUAUGUCUCUCAGAGUCGUAUCUCUCCGUGCUUCAGAAACUGGAUGUUUCCUACCAACCUAAUAACCUGGUACUGUCAGUGGCUGUCUGAAACAUUAGAUCUUAUAAAAGUUCAGUUUUGACAACUUAGUUUAUAUACUUUGUUGAUUGUGAUACCAUUUAAUGGAUGCCUUAUUUUCUAUAGUCUAUUCACUCUGGGAGCAGAACAGAGGACCAAAGGGAGGCAUAUUUUACAUAACUUGCAUUUGUGAGCAACAUUUCUGUAGCUGUGUGUGACAAUGUAUAACGCUGUGCAUAAAGGUGGAGGACACUAAACGUGUUUUGUCUGAAUGUUUACACAUUGUAAAUGUGCUACAAUAAACACAGCUGUAGUAGC